UGUAUUUAAAGCGCGAAAUUUCAACGAAACGCUGUCAACGUCAAAAAAGGAACAAUGAAUGACUAUGGUCAUAAGUCGGUAUUUUACAUAAGCCUUCAUUUGCUUUAAACUAAAUAAAUAUUUACAUUACACGUUGAGAAUUGAAAUGGACCCUUCAGAAUGGAAAAAACCAUCGGAUGUGAUGAAAAUCCACAGGAGAAGAAAAUCAGUGUCACAGAGACGCAUUACAUCAGACCCAGAUAAGCGGACCAGUAUUAUUUACAAAUCUCCCUCAAAAUCUGUGAAAAGAAAGAAUCCUUUUCAUCAAGACAGCCCUCAUCCUUUCCCUGCAAAGCGACAGCAGAUAGAUUUCAAAGAAAACAAGCCAGAUGAACACGAACCUUUGAGCUGCCAGCUUUUUACUCUUCUGGAUACAGUAAAUGAGGGAAAGGAACAAGAUAACAGAAAACAAGUACAGAGUGCAGCAGAGGUUCUUAAAGAACAACAGUACAAUGACCUGCAGAGACAGUCUGUGGUGAAACAAGACAUCACAAAACCUUUGAAUAAGCAAAGUACAUCAUCAGACGAAAAGAAGGUCAAGGACAAUGAAGUGUCACCUUUCCUGCCUGUAGACUGGUCAUUGAAGACCAAAGUUCGAGUAGUCUCCAGUCAGCCAUUAAAUUGGUGUACCCAACUAAAAUCCGCAGAUGAGGCAUAUGGAAUGGAACAUUUUGUUAAGAACUCCAAAAGUGCUUGUGAUUCAACUAUUAGUGACAAAAGACAAUUCCAUAGAUGUUGCAUGUACUGGAUCCAUCCGAAUAUACCCUGGAUGAAGCUCUUCCCUAGAAUUAUAGAUGAUGCAAAAUCCAGUAUUGUGGCUUCGUAUCUUCUGCAGGAAGAAGUUCAGAAGAGUUUACAAGCGGACUGGGAACAAAGUUUUACAUCUGCGUACCAUCAGCUGAGAUCUAGACUGUGUCCCUAUUUCUAUCUCUGUACACAUCAGUUUACAGUGCUGUUUUACAAUGGAUCAGAGUCACAUUCUGGUAUUGUUGUCAUGGUUACACCUACAACAAGGGGAUUUAGGGAGCUGCUUGAAAAUGAAGGAAUAGAGUUUAAGCUGCCAGUGAGCAAUAAGUCACAAAGCCCAGAUGGAAAAGAAACCACAUCAAGGAAAAAUGAUGAUAGUAAAGGCAUGAAUGUGGAUAACCCUGAAGAUAUAGAUGAGGACCCUGAUGACAUUCUAGAUGCAGACGAUGCUGCCCAUGGCUGGCUGGAGAGUAUGGGGCUAGAUAAGAAACAGUUUCCAUCACUCGACCCGAAGAAAGUUAAGCUUCAGCGUGAGGGUUUUCGUGUGAUAGAUCACAGACCUGAAUCUCUAGUUCUGAUUGAGGGUCCAGAUGUGCAAGCAUUCUUCAAUUUCCUCCUCAAUUGUCGAACAUGUGUUGCCAUGAGUGGAAUACAAGCCGGUCUCCCCCCAACCAUACUCAGCCCAGCACCUUUCAAAGGAGCAACUCUGAAAUCUCACAAGGUGAAACACACAGCUGUUAAACAGAGUGACAGAGAAGGAAAUGUAACUCAGGCACACAUAGUGGAAGUUGCGGGUCCAAUCCUCCCGCAUCAUUGCCAAGGACUUGUAUCACUUCUCCACCGUACCCAGAAUGCCGAUUAUGGCAUGGUGUGUAACAAUCACGAUCCAACUAUACCGUUUAAUGUUCUCAGUAAAUUGAUUCACAGUUCUAACGCUGAUAAGUAUGAAAACAGCGAGAAAUUAUCAGAAAACGAGUCAAAAUGUAACACAAGUACGAUAUUGGAUAGUAUUGAGGACGGAAGUUCCAGCGCAAAAAGUGAGAAAGAGGGUAACGUUGUGCAGUUAGAUGCAGAAAGAUUUCAUAAACUUGUUCCAGUGGACGAGGAUCGAAUUUGUGCUAUAAAAGAAAUUGUCUGUACUCCAGAGGGAUUUACAUGGACGUCUUAGCAUAUUUAAACAAGAAUAGUUCUUCUUAAGCAACUGGAAAAUAUGUAGAGUGAUUUUAUACCACAGCUGGUAGAAAAUAUUAGGGAAACUAUAAACUCGGGUCUACUCUGUAUGUGUUCAGAUGUAUAGUUGAACAGUUAUCACAGACACAGGUAAUUAGUUCAAGUCAAUUAACAUCUUCUGUUUGUAAGUCAGUACAGAAAUAAUUACAGAAAAAACAUAAUGAAUUCUUCUUAAAGGUAAAGUAAACAUUUGCAAUGCCAGGGACGUUUCUAAUUGUUCAAAAAUUAAAACAAAGUCAUAAAGUGAGAUUCCUUGAAAUUUCAGAUAUAAUACCAGAAAAAGAUUUGUUAAAACAUUUUUUCAGAACCUACUGGAAGCUCAGAAUGUAAUAUUAUAGAAAACUGUUUGUGUUUCAUAUAUCAUUUUGUGAUCCAUUUAUUUUUGAUGUGCUUGUAAUUAGGGCAUUAAUGAAUCACAAAAACUCUUAUGACAUGAUCGUCAGCGAAACAUGACUGUUUUUGAGGCAAAAUUGCCAUUCAUGAUCAUAAAUGUGUGCAUUAAACGAUUACUUAUUUAACAAAAUAGUGAAAAAUUUACCAUUGAUUUCAGUGUUGUUGGCUUUUUUUUUCUUUUCAUUUUUUUUUUCAUUAAUGUUCUGGUUAUUUUUUAACUGAUUAUAUGAUGACAGUUUUGUAUUUGUACAGAUCAUAUUGCUUUAAUAUGAUAAUGGAAGGGGCACAAUUUCCUCAGAAUGUUACAAGCAGAGUUUGUAAAUUUGUUUCCCUUGCAAAACUCUUUUGGAAACCUUGUUGUACUGAGAAAUUGUGUGGUUUGAUCCUUCAUUUUACUUAAGAAGUAUAAUCCCCAUCUCAAAUGGAAAGAACAAUAUGAGCCACGCCAUGAGAAAAUCAACAUAGUGGCUUUGCGACUAGAUGGAUCCAGACCAGCAUUCGGGCAGUCUGGUCAGGAUCCAUGCUGUUUGCUAACGGUUUCUCUAAUUGCAAUAGGCUUUGAAAGCGAACAGCAUGGAUCCUGACCAGACUGCACGAAUGCGGUCGCAGAACCACUGUUGGUUUUCUCAUGGCGUGGCUCAGAUAUUUCUUGUCAAACUCCAGCUAGGUGUUAAAUUUACCUCAUCAGCACCCAGUCUAGGCCAGUAGGAUUUUUAAUGAUACUCGUUUGAAGUAAACACCUAUCACUGAACACAAGUUCUGAUAUCAAUGUUAACAGGAAAUUGAACCAAGGUCGCUAGCACUUUGGUCUAACUUGCGUGCACUGCAUGAGUAAAAACACUAUUAAGAAAAGAAAACAAGACGUAGUAGUGUUUUGAGGGAAAGGGUUUUAACCAUAUUCUCCUCUCAAAAAGUAUGUUUUUCUCCCAUUUUUUUGACAAAAAAUGGAACUUUUUUUUCUUUUUAACAUAUAGAACAAAUACUUCAAAUAGUAGAUCUACAUAAUUAUGUGUAGCAUGCCAUUUAAAACGUAUGCAAAAUGCAGGACAUUUUCUUUUCAAGUGUAACAUGUUUAUUUAAAAAAAAAGUUUUCUUUAUGAUGUAGAUUUUCCCAUAUUUGAGUUGCUAUCGGAUGUUUUUCCUCUUCUUACCGGCCCAGCCACCACAAUUUCUCUAAAACUGAUAAAAAAUACUGCCUAUAUUGGCAAUUUAUGUUUAUUUUUCUCGACUAUGAAGAUAGAAUGUUAUUCAAUUUAUUUAUCACCUUAUAUGAUUUAUAAAUAUGACUUUGUAUCAAGCCUUUGAAAGAAUAGGCAGCAACCCUGAAAAUAAAACCCAUGUUCACAAAACAUUUUCAGUCUCGGCUGAGUUUGAUAAUAAAACUUUUUAUUUGUCAUUUAUAUCUAAAUAGCAUGUUUAAAACUAAAUUUUAAGUUAAUAACUAUUUUCAAGUGGCUAUUCAGUAUAUACGGUAUUGAUGUCAGCCUCAGUUUGAAUUUGACCUUGAAGUUUUGGUAAAAUUGAUAUUAAAAUUUCAAACUCGAACUCAGCUGAGGCUGAAAAAUAUUUUGUGAACACGGGGUUAGGACAGCUGUAAAAUGAAGUCCAUUGACAAUAUGUUGAAACUAUAUUAGACUGGACCAUUUUAAUGUUGGUUUCAUUUCACUAUAAACAAGGAGUAUAUUCACAUUUUUGAGGAUUUUAAUUUUAUACUUUUGAACAAAAUCUAUAAGUUUUGUUUGUUUGAGUUUUUUUUUUUUUGUUUUUUUUUUUGUUUUUUUAAUUCAAGAAUCGCUCAGUUCAUGAUUUUUAGUGUAUAGAACUCUGGGGCCUCUUUGGCUGAGUGGUUAUGGUUGCUGACUUUGAAUCACUUGCCGCUUACCGAUGCGGAUUCAAGCUUCUCUUGGAGCAUCAUGUUCUGCAAGUGAGGAUGCUAUCCAGCUUGCUCACGGAAUGUCAAUGGUUCUGCCCAGGCGUCUGUCUGCCCUUGAUGAAAUAAUGCACGGAGGGGCACCUGGGUUCUUCCUUCACCACCAAAAAGAAAGUCACCACAUGACCUGUAUCUGUGUCAGUAUAAGGCUAAACCCAACAAAACAAAAUAUAAUUGAAUACUCCUGUUAUUUGAAUAUUUUACUCUGACAAAUGGGUUAUACAAUUAUCCGAAAUCCACAAUGUAACUACUUCACAAAUAUUGCCCAGUCUACAUACUGGUAAUCACUGCAGCGACUUCAUUUUAGAUUUGGUACAUGUAACACUAAUCACAUGCAAAUUAAUCAGAAGAAUUCCCUGUUCUAUUGGUAUGGGUCAUCCAGAGUCGGGAAAAUUCUCUCUGGAAACAUCUAUCUGAUUAAACAGGAACUAAUGAGCAAACAUAAGAUUGACAGGUGUCAUGUGUGGGGUCAAAUUUUGAUUGGUUGGUGAAAUUUAUCAAAGCCUUAUUCUCAGAAGAUAGUAUUCUACAGAAAAAAAGAAUGCACAUUCAAAAUAUUAUUCAAAAGUAUUGGAAAUUAAAAAGUAUUUUGUUUUUUGUUGUUUAUUUAAGAGAAAGCUAAGUGAUACAUUAGAUUUUGGUAAAUUACAUCAUCAGAAAAGCAUUUGAGCUGCACCAUGAGAAAACCAACAUAGUGCAUUUGCGACCAGCAUGGAGCCAGACCAGCAUCCGCGCAGUCUGGUCAGGAUCCAUGCUGUUCGCUUUCAAAGUCUUUUGCAAUUAGAGAAACUGUCGGCGCACAGCAUGGAUCCUGACCAGACUGCGCAAAUGCACAGGCUGGUAUUGAUCCAUGCUGGUCACAAAUGCACUAUGUUGGUUUUGUCAUGUUGUGGCUCAAAAUUUUGAUGUAGAUUUUGAACAUUCUUGUCCUGGUUUUAUAUUUUAUAAUAAAUUUGAGUGUGAUGAGUUGAAUAUAUGUUGUGAUAUGGUAAUAUCUGUGCUAAUUGUGAACUUGUUCCCUGAUUUUUAUGUUUCAUUGUUAUCAAUAUUUAAAUAUAGUUUACAGAAAAU